AUGCUGAAAUUUGGGAUAUCGUCCGCGUUGUUACUGGUGCUCGCACACACUACAAUCGUGCAGGCCGACGAUGUGAUCAGACCCUCCACAGUCGGACGGUGGGAACACACCCUUCGCAAAUACGGGCUCUCAGCCGACUUUGGACCCAACCAGCGCGGUGGACCACAAGGGCGCCAACGUGGGCGUAUUAUCGAGGAUGCAGAUGGGGACCAGGAGAAGAAUGUUGCGAGGGUUCCUCUUGUGGACUUUGAUUUUGAUCGUGAGUACUAUGGUACGGUCCUGGUUGGCGAACCUCCACAGUCCUUCAAGAUCGAUUUCGACACAGGAUCCUCACGGUUCAUCAUCUCCUCCAAGGACUGCACCCAGUGCUCAGGAACAACCCGCUACGACUCCUCCCUCUCCAGGACCUUCCGUCUGAACUCUGAGGACACCCCCUCUUCCUCUUCCAACACCACAUCAACAGCAGGCACACUUCCUCGGUACUCAUCCUCGAAACCACCUCAAGACCCAAAUGCAUGGCACAUCACUUAUGGAGACAUGUCCCACGCAGAGGGGUUUCUUGGUCGAGAUCACGUGACACUUGGUGCUUCAUUGGAAUCAACAUCAACAGCAGGAGGAGGGAAGAAGGGAGGAAAGGGAGGGUUGACGGUGCAGCACCAAGAACUGGCUCUUGUGACGAGUGAGAGCGCCAAUUUUGAUGAAGUCAUCGACGGUAUUAUGGGGCUUGCCUUUGGUACCCUCUCCUCCUCUUCCAGCGGCGGGACAACUCCAUCCAAGGUGGUGCCGACAAAGACGGUCUUCGAGAACAUGAUGGCGCAAGGACUAGUCGACCGAGGGGUGUUCAGUUUCUAUCUCGGUAAAUCCUCCCGCGGUGGAGGCGGAGAAGUCAUGUUCGGUGGGUGGGACCCUUCCCGGAUCGAGGACGGGCACGAGCUGGUGUUUACGAAUGUGACGAGACCCAAGUACUGGCAGAUCAAUGUCGAGAAUGUCUUUGUCUCCGACCAUCAAGUCGAUUAUAUGCCCGUCAAGACUGUGACCUACCUCACUCCCAAACCACCGCUUUCUCCCCCUUCCCCUCCCCCUCCUGCCUCCCCCUCCUCCUCAGAGAAAAGAUCCAAUAUUGCAGGGAUCGUCGAUACAGGGACGACACUGAUGAUUACUCCCUUCCGCCUGGCGAACGCAAUCCAUGCACAGAUCCCACAUGCAAGGAUCAUGGGCCAGUCCUGGACGGUGCCUUGUAACCUGGGUCAGACACAUGGUGAUUCAAAAGUCGAGUUGCAGAUUGAGGGGAGGCGGUUCGCGAUUCCAUUUGAGGAUAUGGUUCGUGAGCCUGUUGAGCGGCCUUCUGGCCUUGCCACUACCGACGAGUCCCUCUCUUCCUUGUCUAGCGGCGGCACCCACAAGGACAACGGCAAAGAUGAUGAAGGAGGGAAGGGGAGCGGGUUAUGUUUCUCGGGUGUGCAACCGAGCGGCGCAAACUUCAUGAUCAUCGGCGACGUGUUCAUCAAGAACAACUAUGUGGUGUUUGAUCAGGAGCACCAACGUGUCGGGAUAGCGCCCCUCAAACUUGCUGAUCGCAAUCCUUCCCCCUCCUCUUCGUCGUCGUCGUCAUCGUCCGUCAACGAAAAGAAGGAGAAAAGGAAGAAGGGCAAGAAGGAUGUAGAGAAGAAGAAGGGCGAUGGGAAGGAGAAGAAGGAUAAGGAGAAGCGUGAGGUCGCAAGGAUGAGGAUGGGUUGGGAGGUGGUAGACCCCUCUGGCGAGGAGGUUAAGAAUGAUGAGGUCGAGGCUCCUAAGGGUGGACAUGCGAUCGUGUAA